AUGGAGAGCAAAGGAAGUUGGACGGUGGCUGAUGCCGUAGAUUACAAAGGUCAACCUGCCGACAAAUCCAAAACCGGUGGUUGGAUCACUGCAGCUCUCAUUCUUGGAAUAGAAGUUGUGGAGAGGCUAUCAACAAUGGGAAUAGCAGUGAAUUUGGUAACAUAUUUGAUGGAGACAAUGCAUCUCCCUAGCUCAACCUCUGCUAACAUCGUCACUGACUUCAUGGGCACUUCCUUCCUUCUCUGCUUGCUCGGUGGCUUUCUCGCUGACUCCUUCCUCGGCCGUUUUAAGACUAUCGCUAUAUUUUCAUCCAUUCAAGCUUUGGGAACCGGUGCACUAGCGAUAGCAACAAAGCUGCCAGAGCUGCGUCCGCCAACAUGCCACCAUGGGGAAGUCUGCACGCCCGCCACUUCCUUUCAAAUGACCAUUCUCUAUAUUUCGCUUUACCUUAUAGCCCUUGGUACUGGUGGCCUUAAGUCAAGCAUCUCUGGAUUUGGAUCUGACCAGUUUGAUGACAAGGAUCCUAAAGAAAAAGCUCACAUGGCUUUCUUCUUCAACAGGUUCUUCUUCUUCAUUAGCAUGGGGACAUUGAUGGCUGUUACUGUUUUAGUUUACAUGCAAGAUGAAGUAGGAAGAUCAUGGGCUUAUGGAAUAUGCACUGUGUCAAUGGUUAUAGCUAUUGUGGUGUUCUUGUGUGGGACUAAGAGCUAUCGUUACAAGAAGAGCAAAGGAAGUCCUGUCGUGCAAAUUUUUCAAGUUAUAGCAGCUGCGUUUAGGAAGAGGAAAAUGGAGCUGCCUCAAAGCAUUGUCUAUCUUUAUGAAGAUAAUCCUGAGGGAAUAAUAAUUGAACAUACUGAUCAGUUUCACAUGUUGGACAAGGCAGCCAUAGUUGCGGAAGGAGAUUUUGAACAAACCCUAGAUGGCGUAGCAGUUCCCAACCCUUGGAAGCUAAGCUCAGUGACGAAAGUUGAGGAAGUGAAAAUGAUGGUUAGGCUAUUGCCUAUUUGGGCAACCACUAUAAUUUUCUGGACAACAUAUGCCCAAAUGAUUACAUUCUCAGUUGAGCAAGCUUCAACCAUGAGACGUACCAUUGGAAACUUCAAGAUCCCAGCAGGUUCUCUCACAGUGUUUUUCGUCGCCGCAAUUCUCAUAACUCUGGCUGUCUACGACCGUGCCAUCAUGCCUUUUUGGAAAAAAUGGAAAGGAAAACCAGGUUUCUCUAGCCUACAAAGAAUAGCUAUUGGAUUGGUCUUAUCAACCGCUGGAAUGGCAGCUGCAGCUCUAGUUGAGCAAAAGCGUCUAUCCGUUGCUAAAACCAGUACACAGAAAACAUUGCCCAUAAGUGUAUUCUUACUUGUUCCACAAUUCUUCCUAGUAGGAUCGGGAGAAGCCUUUAUAUACACUGGCCAACUUGAUUUCUUCAUCACCCAAUCACCUAAAGGGAUGAAGACAAUGAGCACUGGACUUUUCUUGACCACUUUGUCUCUAGGCUUCUUCGUCAGCAGUUUCUUGGUCUCAGUCGUCAAAAGGGUCACCGCAACUUCUAUGGAUGGAGGAUGGCUGGCCGAUAACAUAAACCAAGGCCGGCUCGAUUACUUUUAUUGGCUUUUAGUCAUUCUCAGUGGAGUUAACUUUGUUGUCUAUGUCAUAUGUGCCUUGUGGUUCAAGCCAACAAAGGGUAAAGACUCGGCGGAGAUGGAAAAGGGCAAGAGCUUUUCAGUUGAAGAUUGCUGA